AUGGGGGAUGAAAGCUAUAUAGAGGUUUCAACACAUUUAUAUGAUACAGUCCCCCAAUAUCCACCAAAUACUAGAACACAGACUCUUGAAGAUACAAUUCUAAAUAAAAAAACUCCAUUUGAACUCCCAAGAGAAAAUUCAGCAAGAGUUUCUACAACAAAACGCCCAAAAACAGCAUUUGAAGUCAACCCCAUAUUCUCAGGAUUCAAAGAUGCAUAUGAUAUAUCGCAUAGAAACAAGAAACCAGUUAAAAAACAAGAAGUAUUACAAGAUUUACCAAAAGAAUUAGAGCCAACAGUAGUUACAGUUAAUCCUCCAAAACCAUCGAACUUCUGGGUCGCUCAACAAAGAGUAAAUGCCCAAAAACUUCUGGAUGAAUUAAAUGAUUUGCUUAAAAAAUCAGAAGAAGCAACAAAAAAUAUACAAAAUCCACUUGAAGCGAAAGUUUAUUCAUUUGAAUCCAAGUUAAAACUUCAUGAUCAUAUUCUUUCUCAAUUUACUGAACAAGAACUCUCUGAAUCAAAGGAAAGAGGAGAUCUUCUUACAAGAAUCAGAGAUUACUACAAGAAUAUAUCAGGAAAAAUCCCGCAAAUCAAAGAAGAUUUCGAGAAAAAAUACAAAGAAAUUACAGAUCAAUUUUCAGAAUCAGAAAGUAAGAUGAAAGUACUUGAAGAACAACGUAAUGCAUCUUUAGCGGUCAUUGACAAGCAAAAUAAGACUCUGGAGAAUCUUCGACAACAAAUGAACGAAUACAAGCUUAAAAGUACUUCUGCAGAAAACCAAUUACGUAUUCUUGCUAAUGAUAAGCAAGCAAUGAUUCGCUCAUCACAUACUAACCAACAAAAGCUUUUAGAAAUUAAUGCGCAAAUCGAAGAAAAGAAUCAGCAGAAAGCCAAGUUAAAUGAACUCAUUGACACUCUCACUAAAGAUAUUGCCAUACGUACUGAAGAAUUACGAAAAGCUACGCUUGAACUCCAAGGAAUUAAAGAAGAAUUAAAUACAAUUAACCAGCAAAACGAUGGAUACAGAGCUAUCAUUAAAGAUCGUCAAAUGCUACUAGAAAGACUCCAAAAUACUCCUCUCCGUGAUAUAGAUCGUUCUAAUUUUGUUGAUAUGUCAAUCCAAGUCGAUACAGUGCCUAAAAAAGAGGAUGCGGCCAAAUCUCCUAAACACAGAGCCUCAACUAUCCAAAAUCAGAACGAAUUCCGCCAAGUUAAAUCUGAUAUGCAAGUUGUAAAACAAGCUUUGACCGAUCAGAACAAUCCAAAUGGCCAAACAGAAGAAAAUACUAAUCAGCAGGAGCAAACGGGCGUAAAUAUCGAAAAUUCCCAACAAUUGCAUCUUGUUCGUGAAAAAAUCCUCCAAAACAACAACAUUUUCGAUUAUUCUGUCAAAUCAAUUGUUUCUGCGCACGAAGGCAAUUUCGGGUUAGACAAAAGCUGCAAAGAUGAAGCUAAAAUCCUUUCCAGAUGGAUAAUGACUCGUAUCAUGAAAAACGCUUGUAAAACAAUCAUGAACGAGAACAAAUCUGUUCAAACAGAUGCCAUAGAAUCAUUAGUACAAAGUAGUCCUAACAUUGAUCUCGUGAUUCCUCAAGUUACAGAUGAUUCAAAGAUUCCUGUUCCCAUUGAAUUGAAACUUGCUCCGAAAUCAUUAGUUCCUUUCGUCAAAAAGAGUCGUUUCUGUUCACUUCUUACUAUUGAUGGGUCGAACAGAGAACCUAAAGCGAUUGAUUGGCUUGUCCACACAAUCAGGAGUAUCUUUGACGAGAAAACAGUUGAUGACAGGACACAAGUUAGAAAUGGCGAAGAAAUUUUGCCUCUUCCUGAAUAUAUGUUGAAAUGGGCUCUCAGACAGUUCGGUCGUGAUGAUUUAGUACAAAAGGGAUGUUGGGAUGUCUUCAUUUCUUCUCAUCAUCAUAUGCAGAAAUACUUAGAAAUCACUUUAUUCACGAGAUUCAUUGAUGAAGAUUGGACAACACCGCAAUUGACAUUUUUCCUUAAAUGUAGAACAUGGAUUUUAACAAGGUGUAUUUCUAUUCCUGUAGAACAUAUUGAACUUGGAGAAUAUCUCACUGAAACAUAUCUAACAAAAGACCAAGUCUUCGAGUUUUUCCAUCAUUUCUUCCCUCUUUCUGAACCAGAAUUGAUUAAUGACAUCGCAAUAAGAGGUUGUGGAUCUGCAGACAAUGAAAGAAAACUUAGUGAUGAACCAUUCUGUGUUCCAAUGAAUAGAAUUCUAGAACUUGCUGUUGGAGAAGAGAUGGAUUCAAGAGUAAGACGCAUCAGAAGAAUGUUGGCUUUCUUUAGACCAAUCCCUCGAAUGACACUGAAAAGAUUCGGAGAAUUUGUUAAAAAGAUGAUUGUCAACAUCGAUCCAAAUCUCAUUGACAGUCUUUAUCGAUCUUCUCUCGUCCCUAAUUCCCUGAGACAGGAUUACGAUAUGAAUUUGUUCAUAGAGACAUUCCUUGAAGAUAAGGAAGUUCUUCCACGUGAUUGGCCUGAUCCAACAAUCACUUGCGAACAAUUUGCUGAAUAUUCACCAAUUUAUUCAAUUACACUUAACAGAUGGGAACAGUUCAAAAUGUUUUUGGAGAAGAUGCUUGACGAACUUGAAUCUAGAAAUCAAGAAGAAGAGAUUCGUAUCUUGAUUAAUGAAAUUCGUCAUGAAACAUUUCAGAUGCUUGAAGCUAAAUUUACGUUUGAUGGAAUUUUGUUCUAUCAGACUUAUCAUCGAGUUCUUGAAGUUGUUUUAAGCACAUGUUACAAAGUCUCUAAGGCAGAUCCAGAAAAUAUCAACCGUCAAAUUAAUGAUUUCCAGAAAAUACUAUUCGAAAAACAUCGACAACUCAGCGAAAGAGUUGCAUCAAGUAAUCCAAACUCUGUUCCACAAUCACCAAAAUAA